GGAAUAUUUAGUACAAAGAGACGCUCACCAGCUGCUUGCUUUCACAAGACUACCUAAUCCAGCAGUAUUUCCUGGGAGGAACCUCUUCUUGAUUUUUCCUUUCAUUGCUAAACGUAAACGAAAAAUGUCCGACGAAGAACUAAAGACGGUGUUUAAAUCUUUCUGUGCUUUUGGGGCAGGGAGUAAAGACGCUCAACCUGAGAUGGACAACGCGAAAUUUGCAAAACUUUUUCGUGAUCUAAAAUUAUACGACAAAAAAUUCACCUCCACAGACACAGAUAUUAUUUUCAACCGACCCGAAGUAAAAAACAAGACGGAGCGGAAAAUUCGCUUUGAAGGUUUCAAGAAAGCUCUGGAAUUGUGUGCAGAGAAGAAGUAUGGAAACAAAGACGAUGUGCAGAAGUUGAUCGACAAGAUUUGCGGUGGAAAAGGUCCAACAACCGUCGGAGCUACGAAACAAAGUAAGACAGGUGGAGUUGAUAGAAUGACUGACACCUCAAAAUACACUGGAUCGCACAAAGAACGUUUUGAUGAGGGUGGAAAAGGCAAGGGAAUAGAGGGUCGCGUAGACAGGGAUGAAAAAGCUGCUGAAGGCUAUGUAGGGGGUUAUAAAGGAAAAGAUACUUAUGAUAAGAAACAUUAGAGCAGAAGUUGUAACACAGGCUCUUUUAUACCAUAGUGUGUGUGCUUGAUUCACUUUUAGAAGUUUAUGUUUGACAUUAUAAAAUGUAAACAACGUAGAAACAUUGAUAUUUUAUCAGGAUUGUGUGUUACCACUGGAGUGAUCAGAUUAAUUUGUUUGGAUUAGCCUUACUGACAGGGUCUUCUCUAAUUAACCAUGUGAAAUUAUUCGGUAGUUGGGAGCUUAAUUUAUUGGCAAUAUAGGGCAACAACCCUGGCAAUUUUUAAUAAUAUAAAUUUUAAAUCAAAGUAGCAAAUGAAGUUAACAGAUCUUACAUGCAGUUUGAAGAAGAGUUUCUAAUUUAAAUGCUCAUAAGGAUGUGAUAAAUUGUUGCAUACUACCUUGUAUCAAAACGACAAAAAAGUAGUACAAUCAUGGUAGGUUGUGUGAAAUUAUUCAGUGGUUGGUAACUUCAGUGGUUAUGUGAAAUUAUUCAGUAGUUGGUAACUUAUUUUAUUUGCAAUGUUGGACAGUGACUUUGGAAAUUUUUAUUCAUUAAAAUUUUAAAUAAAAGCAGCAAAUAAAGUGAACAGAUCGUA